CCUCCCUCCCUCCCCACCAACAAAGCCUAUGGCUAACCUCUCUCCACCCCCUCCCUAAUCAGUGUGGUCUGGCACUGUGGCAAAGCUGGGUAUAAACUGACAUGGCAGCGCCGGCAAUGGAGACAGGAGCCCGCGUCGUGGACCUGCGAAGCGACACUCUGACGCAACCCUCCCCGGCCAUGAAGGAGGCGAUGAUGGCGGCGCCUCUCGGGGACGACGUCUUCGGCGAGGACCCGACGGUCAUCGCCCUGCAGGAGAAAGUGGCGAAGUUGCUGGAGAAAGAGGCCGCUCUGUUCGUCCCGACGGGCACGAUGGGGAACCUUAUCUGCG